AAAGUAUACAAAUUUUAAUCUAAUUUUAACUCUAUCAUGGAUUAGUAGUGAGUGAUUGCAGUAGUGAAACAAAGCGUAGCCUGCGCACCUCUUCUGCCUCGAUCGCGAUCAUCCACUACUCCAUCUCCGUUUGCCCGCCGCGCUCCAAAUCACUAAAAACAAUUUGAUAACCGCUGAAGAGGACAAUUGAAUUUAUAGACGCGAAUACCAGUUUCCAGAGCCAUGGAAGAAGACAUGUCCAGUUCGCUUAGGCGGAUGUCGAUGAGAACUCGUAAGGUUGCUCCGAAAAUGGCUGCAGCCCUUGCCAGCAGUGACAAUCGGACCCAGGCAAUGCUUGCACGUCUUGAAGCUCUGGAAAAUGAUAAUGCUGGAUUCGAGACUGUGCAAGUUGAUGAUGAUGACGAAGCCUCACUUGAUGAUGAUGAUCAAGCAUAUCAGAAGAAGCAAUCCAGAAGCACAAAACGGAAAACACGCCAAGCUAAAGCACUCGAAAAUGCUAAGAAGGCACCAAGAACAUUCAUUGAGCUCUUGCAAGAGGCCAACUUGGAAUCGUUGCCUCCCCAUGUACCCUCGUAUCUGAGAGCAGCCGUGGGACCUCCAAGCUCCACCGCCCGUCGCCAUUUCUGCACAGUAUGUGGGUUUUCUGCUAACUAUACGUGCCUCCAGUGUGGGAUGCGGUUCUGCACGAUUAAGUGCCAGAAUAUCCACAACGAUACUCGUUGUUUGAAGUUUGUUGCUUGAUUGGUGAAGGGCUUCACAAGGUUAUUAGAGAUGCUAUUUCAACUAUUAGUAAGAAACAUUUCUCGUUUGCACUGUGUAAGAAAGUGUGGGGCAAAUAGCACUCAAUUCUAAUGUUAGAAUUGUGAAAGUUACGCAUUAUUGCGAUUCCUUUGAGAUA